AUGAUGAAUUCAUCAUCAGGAGCUCCCACGACUCCACCACCAUCAGUGUCACUGGCAAUCCACCAACGUCUCCUGGGCGCAGCCGUGUGCGGCAACUCCGCGGAAAUGAAGCACAUGGCCCUGCAGACCCCGGGGGUGCUGCUGGGAACAACCCCUCAGGGGAACACCUGCCUCCACAUCGCCUGCAUCCAUGGCCACGAGAGGUUCUGCAGGGACGUCCUGGCGCUGACGACCAACCAGCAGUCUCCGUCCCCGGCGGCACCUCUUCUCGGCGCCGUCAACGCGGACGGCGAGACGCCGCUGCUCACCGCCGUGGCCAGCGGCCACGUCUCCCUGGCCUCGUUCAUCCUCGGGCGCUGCCGUGACGAGCAGCUGAGCGAGGCGAUCCUGGCGCAGGACAAGCGCGGGUUCAACGCGCUGCACCACGCCAUCCGCAGCGGGCACCGGAAGCUCGCCCUCCAGCUGAUCGACGCGGAGCCCGGCCUGUCCAAAGCUGUGAACAUGUACGACGAGUCGCCCAUGUUCAUCGCAGUCGCCCAUGUUCAUCGCGGUGAUGAGGAACUACGCGGAGUUGUCGCGAAAAGGAUCAUGGAGACACGUCCCGGGCUGGCCAGAGAAGAAGACGAGCACAUGGUGACUCCAAUGCACAUGGCUGUACAGUGGGACAAGAUUGACGUGCUAAGAGUGCUGCUGGAGCAUGAUUGGUCCCUAGGGUACGUACUCACCUCGAAUGGUAACCCUAUUCUUGAUUCAGUUGCACGUCAGGGAUACGUCGGGGCUGCCCGAGAGCUUCUCAUGCAUUGCCCAGAUGCUCCCUACGCCCGUGCAGAUGGCAAAACGACAUGCCUUCACCAAGCCGUUCAGGGUGGUCACAUGGAGCUUCUGCAAUUCUUCCUGGGGUCAAAGCAUCUUCGGAAGCUAGUCAACAUGCGAGACUACGGGAAAGAGACUCCUCUAUACGACGCGGUCCGAGAGUGCAAUCCCAAGAUAGUCAAAGCUUUGCUGCAACACCCGGACACCGACGUCACAGUGCUCAACAUCUCGGGUAACCCGGCUACCUGGGUACUAUCUCCUUUGACUGACCACGCCAAGACUUUAAACUGGAAUGAAGUCUCCAUGCUUAUGCUGAAAGCUGAUCCAGAAGCAGCAAAUGAUACUUAUAACCUUCAUAAGCAAACCAAGGAUCGAGUAACUUCUGAAUCAAGGAAGGAUAUAAAGACAUUGACUCAGGCAUAUACAAGCAACACUUCUUUAGUGGCAAUCCUCAUUGCAACAAUCACCUUUGCUGCUGCUUUCACCUUGCCUGGAGGAUAUAGCAAUGGUGCUGGAAGUGCGGGGCUACCCAUCAUGGCAAGAAAGAUUGCAUUCCAGGCAUUCUUGAUCUCUGAUUCCUUGGCAAUCUUCUCCUCUCUGGCUGCUGCCUUCAUAUCAACAAUGUCAAGAUGGGAGGACUUUGAGUUUUUGCUUCAUUACAAAUCCUUGACUAAGAAACUUAUGUGGGUUGGCUACAUAGCAACCACCACAGCCUUUGCAACUGGUCUAUACACAGUUUUAGCCCCUCGCCUCCUAUGGUUGGCUAUAACAAUUUGCCUUAUGUCGGUUCUACUGCCCGUUCUUACCAAGCUACUAGGUGAAUGGCCUGUCUUCAAGCUUAGAAUUCAUCUGGGCAAAACAUUCAAGUCAGAGCUCCUUGAUAUGGUCUGA